AUGCAUUGGCUAGCCCCUGGAAUCACCAUCUCCCUCGUCGCACUGUUGGCCUGCAUUGUGUCUAUCCCGCCCCUGCUUGUCCACUUCCGGGCUCGAAACUUUGCCGCCACGGUCCUGAUCCUCGGCGUCACGAUCCUGAACAUCCAAAAAUUUGUCAAUACUCUCAUAUGGGCCUCGGAAGACCGCUACAGCUGGUGGAAAGGGAAGAUCCUAUGUGACAUCGAAGUGAAAACUACGUCGGGAUUGCCGUGGCGGCCGACGGCGCUGUUGCAAGCAUCUUUCGCCAAACCGCAAUCAUCCUCGAUACGAAACAUAUGA